AGGCGCUAGAGUCAUCAUGGCAAUGCUUAAGCGCACGAUUAGUAUCGUAAGAACCGGAAGAGGUCUGAGUUAUCGUUCACUUUCUUCCGGGAACCAUGUCGACAAAUUAGGAAUGGUUAAGGCUCUAGAGGCGAUCAACGUACCCUCAACACAAGCGGAGGCAUUAACCGGCGCCAUCACCAGUGGCUUGGAGUCGGUGGUGGAGAAGGUGAAAGCCGACAUCGCCAAAUCCGAGGAAUAUCAAUCAACUAGUGUUGCAGAAGAGGUUCGAAAAAUGCGAGCCGAUAUUAAUAAGGUGCGAGCGGAUAUUGCUACAAUGCAAGCAGAGAAGAGGUGUGAUCAUGAUAUCCACGUAAACAAAGUUGAGAUGGGUUUUAAUGAGUUGAAAGCUGAGUUCGAAACAACAAAAUAUGAGGCCGUGAAGUAUGCUGCAUAUACACUCGUCGCUGUGGCAGCAGUUGGAUCUAGCAUGUUGUUCGUGAUGAUAUGGUAGAC